AUGGAAAGCAACCAGAUAUCACUGCAUGAGAAGGUUGCCAAUGCGUUCAGGGAACGAAACAUUCCCGUUAAACGCGAGGACAUCGCUGCUACUCUGGUAGAUGCCGACACUUGCAAAUGGAUAGAAACCCAUCUCACACCAGAAACCCUUCUGUCAAAGGAGGAACUUACCUUGUAUAUAAAACUCGAAGCAACUGGUUCCCUCAAGUCUAUCUUACAAGGACAAGAAAUAUCAUCCACACGACCUUUCCUGGACGAUGAAAUCCGCGACGCGAUUGGAUCACUCACAGCUUCGACCGCGGCCAUUGAGCACCAAACUAAGACCCUAAAGGUGCAAUGCAAGGAGCUAAACUCCCAAAUCCGCAAUGGAAUCCGGUCGCGACAACGGGAGGCGAAGGCAUGGGAACAUUUGAAAAAUAAAAACGCGCGGGAGAAGGAGCAGAUUGAUGUUGCUGUUGAAGACUUCACUCACGACUUUGAGGCGACUCUUGGCUCAGUGCAGUCUUUAUUUUCCACCGAAGCUAAUACCUUGCUCCCUCAAUUGGCUAGUAAAUUGAAAGACGACGACCGAUCCAUGCAGGGCUUGGAAAAAAUAGCGUCGACAAUUCAAAUAGAUACCAAUUAUAAGGAGCUUAGAGCACGGGCUAUCGAGCUUACCGCGAAACUCGCCAGAUACCUUGCCGAGGCGGUUCACUCACGGUUGGAUCGGCUCUAUACUGAAACUUUACAAAGCAGCCCACCUGGCCUGGAUGAAUACGAUGAAGAAGCGGUAGCGGCUCUCCAGGAAGAGAUAAGCUCAUUAUAUUCGGAGAUUGAGAUUCUUUCAGAAAUGGCCACCGAGCAGCAAUUCAGGGAUCCGAUACUUCGUGCUCUUCAGAGUAGGGGGACAGAGGCUCAUUCUACUUCUCAGCAGCAAUUGGAACAAAUUUUCGAUACUAUACUUGAAUUAACACAGUCCACAGAGCGAAUAACGGAGAGGCUAAAUAACCGACAAUCCCACCGGACGGCGUUAAGCUAUCUAGCUGCAAAAUACAAAUGUGAACGGGAGAGUGAACUUUCAGAGCAGCAGACAAGUAAAACAACCACAGCACAAAAACGAUUGUCUCGAGUAUCAUACGCGCCCGCAACCCCUAAGGACACUGACCGAAGAAGUUCAAUAUCUCUCCCGCUUGAUCAUAGCUCAAAAGCCCUUGAUCAGCUCCUCCGGCGGCUUGGAGUUUCCAUUAUCGAUCUAGUGGAAAGCAGGUUAACAGAUAACCCUUCAGCAGCUCUUGAUGAGAAGCAGCAGCACAUGCUGGAAAUGCUUCAAAAUCUGCAGUCUACCGCAGAGUCGCCUCUUUCCGUCUACCUAGAAGCAGCAGACCAAGCGGCCCAAUUCGCCUUUCGAGGUUUCAAUGGCUGA